AUGGCUGGCAAGUGUGUCCACAAAGCGUGUGGGAAGACCUUCUCCGACCCCGAGGAGGAGUGCGUGUAUCAUCCCGGACCCCCAGUGUUCCACGAGGGGCAGAAAGGCUGGAAAUGCUGCAAGCCCCGCGUCCUCACCUUUGAGGAAUUCCUCGCUAUCCCGCCGUGCACAACCGGCAAGCAUUCCACCGUCGACGAUACCCCGGCGCCUGAGCCUGAGCCCGAGGCCGAGGAAGCUGCCGCUGCCCCUCCCGUCGCCGUCGAGAAGAAGUCCGAACGGCCGCCCGUUGCUAUCCCCGCUACCAUCCCCACGACGCCCCCCGCGAAGCCGGUCACCGAGGAGCCUGAGUCGGAUGAUCCUGACGUGGAGAUCCCGGCUAAUGCGACAUGUCGUCGCAGAGGCUGUGGUGCCUCCUACACUGGCUCAACCGCUCGUGAUGAGGAGAAGUGCACCCACCACCCCGGCCAGCCAAUCUUCCACGAGGGCAGCAAGGGUUGGUCCUGCUGCAAGCGCCGCGUCCUCGAGUUCGACGAGUUCCUGAGGAUCCCCGGCUGCACAGAGAAGACGAGGCACAUGUUUGUGGGCAAGGUCAAGGGCUCCAGCGAAGAGAAGGUGGAAUCUGUCAGGAACGAUUUCUACCAAACUCCCACCGCCGUCAACGUCUCCGUCUACUUCAAGAAGAUCGACAAGGAGCGUGCUCGCGUCGAGUUCGCCUCCGAUUCGAUUGUCUUGGACCUGCCUACGACCGACAACAAGCGCUUCCAGGAUACAUACAGUCUAUUUGCGGCCAUCGAUCCCGAGAAGUCGAGCUUCCGCGUGCUGGGCACCAAGUUGGAGUUGACCUUGGUCAAGGCUGAUGGUACUAGCUGGCCUGUGUUGCGCAGCGAUGACAAGUGGACUGGGCAGCGUAUCCAGAUUGGAAAUGCUGGACGGGCAUGA